AUGUCGGGCGCAACUGGCUCCGAGGGUCAGGCCGCGGUUCCUGUCGACGGUGGCGGCGCGGUCGCGAAUGCGGCCCGUCGGAGGGAGCGCGUCGGGUCGGCGACUGUCGCGAAGCUGCGCCCGCACGCCAAGAAGUGCCCCAAGCCCCCGAGGGGCUCCGACCAGCAGGCGAAAGACUCGUACCCUCUCUUGAAAGAAUUGAUUCACUACCUCAUCGCGAAGCCCGCCAGCAUGCGCGGCACAUUCAGGUGGCACCGCGAAAAGUUCCUCACGACUACGACGAUCGCUGAGGCCGCUGCGCAGUUCACGAAGGUGACCACGUUCAAAGGUGGGAAGGAGCUCGAGAUGUUCUACGUCAACUAUCUGGUGUCCUCCAAGGGCUUCACCAUUCGCUGCUUGACGACGCUGAAGAAGAAGGACGAGGACUCGAUCGCGCAACUGAUGAAGUACCACCUCGCGUUCCCCCUCAGCCUGACCAUGAUGGAGGACCUCAUCGUGCACGAUGUCAUGACGCUCUUCCUUGACAAGCGCGGCACUCAGGCUGACACGAAGAUCGAGCUUCUGCGCGAGAAGAUCGAGCCCGCCCACGGGAUUCUGUGGCACGUCUGCGGCUGCUACAAGUUGCACGUGGACAAUGGCUACAUCCAGCAAGUGGGGUUUCGCAACGGCGACAAGGUCGACGUCUCCGAGAAGAAGAUCAGCGACGAGUACGACCUCAUCCAGAACUGGAGCGAUUGGAGGGCAUCUUUAGAGCAGAAGCCGUUCCCGCCCUUGAAGCUCCACCUUUUCUUCUCGCCCGGGGAGGUCGGGAAGCAGGGCCCCUGCGUCUUCAGCGACAAGGCCUGGACUGCGAAGACCGAGGACUACGAGAAGCUGGUUCAGGAAUGCUACGCGCGCUGGGAGCGCGACGCCAAGCCCGCGGUGACGACGAAGGCGGCGGUCAAGACGGAGGUGCAGAAUAUCGCCGACGAUAAGAGGAAGUCGUCCAUGGCCGAGGCCCGCAACAAGGCGAAGGCGAAGCUCGCCAGCAAGAAGGACAAGCAGAAGCACGGCGUCAAGAAGGCCAAGGCGAAGGCCAAGGUGGAUGCGACGAAGCACAGGGCCCUCUCCACGACGUUCGGCGUGCCAGGGUUCGGAGUUUCAUUCACGAUGGCGACGUGCUACUUCGUCAAGAAACGAUCGUGCCAGCAGCAGCUGUAUUGGACGUACAGAGACGUUUACAAACUGUGCAAGUUCAACUUCUACAAGAGCGAGGAGAGCAAGUGGGCGUAUGCCAUGAAACCGCAGUGGGUGAAGGCCUUCAUGGAGCUCCUGGGCUGCAAUCAGAUAAUCCCCUCCCCGACGAGGCUCGUUCGAGGUGAAGAGUGUGGACUCAACCCCGAGAAGUGCUUGCCGCACAUAUCGGUGUCGACCGUCGGCUUCCUCGUGCAUUCGGUCCCUGACGCGUCCAUCGACGUCGCGAUGUGCUCGAAGUAUGCGUGCCAGUGGCCGCGACCUGCUCCGAAGCCCAACGGCAUCAGCGUCGUCACCGUCGAGAUGAUUGAUGGGGUUGUGGACAUCACGCCUUUGCUCGACGCGGGCGCCAAUAGGAAUAGAGCCCCCAACGCCCACGUGGUCGCCAGGCAGCUCAAGCUGAAGUACCCCCACGACGUGAAGGCCCCCAUCAAGAACUUCCUCGGAUCGACGAUGCAGGAACCGAAGCUGCAGGCCGUUGCUGCCCAGGUGUUGACGAUAUCCCUCCGCCUCGAGGCCAAGAUCCUGGCGGUGGGCAAGACCGUCGCGCCCAGCGACGCCCUCCAGGUGGAGUGGAGCGACGCCUUCGACGCCACUGGUGGCAUGGAGCUGGACCACCAGUUGGUCGAUGCGUGUUUUGACGCUGAGCCAGUCGAGGUGGUCGGCACCAAGCGGAAGCCGAAAGAUGACGAGCUCAACCCCUCCGAGACUCAGAGCCAGAAGAUCCAGAAGGCGUGGGUUGAGCGGCACUCUGUGCAUGGCGCGAAAGCGACGUGGAGACCACCGACGAAGCACAGGGUCGGGGCCAAGCAUUGGAUUCAGAAUAUCGACAACCAGAUCAGGCAGUCGACGGAGCUCGGAGGACUCGUACUUUUCAAAUUUGAUGCCAAACGGAGCGGUCUCUGGAAGCAUUGGUCCACGUGGCCAUUCUUGGGCAUAUCCAUGGACCUUGGGCCGAAGGGGCUCGCAGGCUUCAACGCCAUGGAGCGGUUCUUCGCGCUCAACGUGGACAAGAUGCCAGACCACACGCACGGCUGCAACAGGGACUUCGACUUGGCAAUCAACCGCAUGGGCCUCAAGGGGUUCUGGAUGAUCAUGAUGGUCGUGUGGAACUGCGCGUUCGGUCCAGAGCGGGAGCACAUGCGCAAGCAUCUGCUCCACGAGGCCAUGGACGAGCGCCUACGCGACAUCAGGUGCAACCUCAACCGCUUCAUGGGCUCGCAGCACACGGCCUUGUUUCGGCACCCGAGGUGGGAGAUCGACAGGUUCGAGAGGUCCUGGAUGGCGUUGGAGCUCGACCUUCUCAAGUCGAAGAAGGUGGUGGAGAAGGUCAAGGUCGCGAAGGAGCACGUGGACAAGGUGACGGAAGGUGGAUCCUCGACCUCAGCUGGGAGGAUCUGUUUCGAGGAUAGGGCGAGCAUGGCGUUCGCCCAGAGCGCAGUCGUCGCCAGUGUGGUCAUGCUGGAGAACCCCACCAACAAGAGGCUCGCGGGGACCAUUGCCCACAAUGCGAAGCCUGUCAUGGACUGGCACACGAACCAAGCCAGGUCUUCGCAGUCAGCUUCCGGAACUCAGGAGUGGGUAUUGGAGCAGGUUUCGGGCGGGCUCAUGCAGCACAUCCAGGACAUCGUUGACGGCCUCAGCAGCGCACCGAUGUGCGCAUCGAACGACUUCAUCAUCACCAAGGUGCUAGCAGCUGCGCGCGAUGAGUUCGCUCGUGGCGUCGAGGACGAUUUCGCGGACAUGUUCGGCCACCACGCCCUCACUCUAGUUGCUUGCAGGUUGAGGAGAACCAUGCACUUGAGCAGAGGGCUGCCCUUCGGGUUCGCGAAGGUCCUCCUGAGGGACAAGGGCCCCGCACAUGAACUGUUGGAGAAUUUCAAGAAGGACAUCGAGUUGUGGGAGAGGUGCAAGGCAGAGGUCGCCGCGACGACGUCCCAGAGUGCUCUCAUGAAGCGCCACCUGUUCAACAAGGUCUCGGUGCAGCAGUUCAUCGUGGCGUGCACCGAACUGAAGUUCAAGAUCGAGGUCCCUUUGAUCAAGCUGGUCGUGCCUCGAGUGCGCGGCGUGCUGCAGACCCAGAUCGUGGAGGACAUCAUCGGCUGCCAGAAGAACACUCGCAUUACCAUGGCCCAGAAGAAGUUCAAGAAGCCAGAGGCUAGCAUGGGGGCUGUUCUGCGGAAGGAGGUGAUCACCAAGAAACACAAGCAUACCGGCGUCACAAUGGAUAUCCCGUUGGAGAGGAAGACGAGCAAGCUCCCUCCAGAGGCGUUCAAAGCCGUGCCGAAGGACCGUUCGAUCGAUGCGAGCCAGGUCGUGUCAACUGCGGGCACGCCGCCAUGGUACUCGCCUGGCCCUGGCAACCACAUGAUCCCGAUCGUCGACUUGCAGUUAAUGAGGGACGCGUUUCAGUACGGCUUUGGGUUCGAGGGCGUCCAGCACGCUUGGCUAGGGGAGCUCAUCGACGUUCGCCACAAGAUAGUGUUCCGCAUCGAGCGCGUGCACAGGGAUGACGAGUGGUACUUCGGCCUCGAUCAUUUUCCAGAUUCUUGCGUGUUGGCGUGGCCUGUGAAGCUGGUGAGGCUCGCUGACAUGAUCAAUGCGAGGGGGAUUUUCGUGGAGUUCCUGAAGGGCGUGGUCGAGCCGAAGCUCAUCAGCAUCUUCAGCGCUAAGGACGUGAAGGCUUACAGCGUGGAGUGGAAGAGCUUCCCGACCCAGCACAAGCAGUUCACUACCGUGUGCUGCCAGAAGAUACUCUACGCGAAUCCUGUCAACCGCUUGUUCACGCUGGGGAUGGAGCCUGUGUCGUUGCUGGAGGUCGCGGCGAGGCAGGCAUUUUGGAACCUCAAGUCGUCCUUCUUGACCAAGCUGGCCACCGAGACCUUGGCGUUGGACGUCUCCCAGGCGAGUGGGCUAUGCGUGCUGCUGGUGAAGAUCACGCAGAAGAUCCUCCAGUGCAGCGAGGCUGAUGCGCUGGCCUUCGCUGCCAAGAGGUUGGCAGUCAACGACGUCUCUCUGGAGUACUCGGUCGCCCUCCUCAGCCUCGACGAGGCGUUGGACUGCAUGGGCCAGAGCGACGCCAAGAAGAUCCACGAGGAGCAGCAGGCCAUGACUUCCUUUAGAGACGAGAGGGCCGCUUUUGCGGCAGAGCAUUCCGGGCUGCGGAGGCGCAUCAACGACCGGGCCAUGGCGAAGGCGAAGGCCAAGCCAAAGGCGAAAGCGAAGGAGCGCGCGAGGAUCGAUUUCAGGGGCGAGAUCGCCCAGGCCGAGGCUCGCAGGUACCUCCCCGACGGCGCGUCGAUCUGGAAGAGCACGGGCAUCCCGCCUCGUUGGCGCGCGCACGUGCCACCGAGGGCUCGCAUCAGCGAGCCGUGCGACGGCGACGAGGCCAAGGCGCUGGCCAUCAUCCUGAGGCGCGUCUGGAAGCAGCACUGCGAGAUCGUCGGCACGGUGUUCGACUCCACGCCGCGGGACUUCGUGGUGGAGUGA